AUGACGGGAGUAGUGGCUCCAGCCCGGGGCGUCGAUCAGGGAGGUGUCAGUGGCCUUAGCACCAAGACAUCGGCUGCACCUGCAGACACCAAGCAUUACCGGCCAGUACCUGCAGAUACCAAGCAUUACCGGCCAGUACCUGCAGAUACCAAGGAUUACCGCCCAGUACCUGCAGAUACCAACCAUUACCGGCCAGUACCUGCAGAUAACAAGCUUUACCGCCCAGUACCUGCAGAUAACAAGCUUUACCGACCAGUACCUACAGAUAACAGCCAUUACUGCCCAGUACCUGCAGAUAACAACCAUUACCGCCCAAUACCUGCAGAUACCAAGCAUUACCAGCCAGUACCUGCACAUAACAACCAUUACUGCCCAGUACCUGCAGACACCAAGCAUUACCUGCCAGUACCUGUUGACAUCGAGCAUUACCGGCCAGUACCUGCAGACACCAAGCAUUACCGGCCAGUACCUGUAGAUACCAAGCAUUACCGCCCAGUUCCUGCAGAAACCAUGCAUUACCGGCCAGUACCUGCAGAUAUCGCCAUUAUCGGCGAGUACCCGCAGACAUCACAUUACCGGCCAGUACCCAGAUACGGGCAUUACCGGGUCAGUACCCAGACACCAAGCAUUACCGGCCAGUACCUGUAG